GAAGCAGCGUUAUGAGAAAGACAUGAAUACGAAGAAGCAAGAGAUCACUGAGCUGCAGACUAAAAGAAACGUUAUCCAGGAACGAAUUCAAGAGCUGUCCAUGAAGUGCAAACACAUGGAGGAGGUGAUCAUUGAGGACAGGAUGACGAAGGAACGUUUGCGUGCGCAGCUGGAGAAGGAGCAGAGGGAGGGCGAUGCAGCAACUAGGAUCCAGGCCUGGUGGCGGGGGAUUCUUGUACGUAGAGGACUACGUUCUCCUAAGAAAGCAGAUAAAUCCAAGUCUAAAGCUGGCAAAAAAGCCAAAAAAGGCAAAAAAAGAAAUGAUGACUGAUGCUUUUAGUGGC